ACAUGGCUAUAAAAGCGGGUAACACCAGCCGUGGAAAUCAUCACCCGAAAGGAUACCGCAAAGGAAGUGGCAUCAUCUCGCACAAGCAGCACGACCAUGUACGUUAAGGCCGUCCUACUCUGCAUGCUUGGCAUUGCCGUGGCGCAAGAGAACUUCCCCCCUCAGCCAUACAGCUUCAGCUUCGACAGCACCGACGAAUUCGGCACCCGCCUGACCCAGACCGAAAGCGGAGACGAGGGCAACAGGAAGACUGGAACCUACGGCUACCAGAGUGCAGAUGGAACCUACCGGAAGGUGGACUAUGUUGCUGACGAGAACGGCUUCCGCGCCACUGUAGACACGAACGAGCCAGGCACCAAGGCGGAAUCUCCAGCUGAUGUCCAGUUCAACGCCAAUCCUCAACCAAACCCCGUGGGCGCUCCAGUCGCUGCUCCAGUGGUGGCCAGGCCUGUGGCCAGGGUCGUCGCCGCUCCUCAGGCCGUUGCCUACCACGCUGUUCAGUCACCAUCUCUUGCUUACCACGCAGUUCCAUUGAGCGUCGGUCACGCUGGAGCUCCAACUCUGACGUUUGCUGCUGCUCCGCAUCACGCAGCGCCACUGACCUUCACGCUCGGAAGGGCUGCUUCCAAGGCCUGAGUACAUAGCUCCAUUUACGUCUUGGUUUCUUGCCUGCAUGCUUUCUUGUACAGAUGUCAUUCGGUAUUUCCGUUAAUGACUACAGGUUGAUUUCAUAAUAUGUCUCACUGUCUUCCUCUGUCCGGUCUUCAGUCCGCUUGAUGCUCGUCGCGUGCUUGUAUUCAUCCAAAAAUAAACAAUGCUGUCUUGAUGUCA